AUGCCUGAGGACGUCCGGCAGCGCCUUGAGCGCUUCUUGCGGAAGCACAACCCGGGGAAGCUCGGCACGAUUGACGCUAUCCUGAAGGCCUACGGCGGGCGGGAGGAACAGAUGUUCGAGGCGCUGGUGAAGAAGUACGGCCCGGAACCUCCGCGAGAGGCAUCACCCCCAGUUGCUUCUGCCGCUGCAGUUUCCCCUGCUGCAAAUGCCGGCGAGCCUGAGGAUGUCCGGCAGCGCCUUGAGCGCUUCUUGCGGAAGCACAACCCGGGGAAGCUCGGCACGAUUGACGCUAUCCUGAAGGCCUACGGCGGGCGGGAGGGGCAGAUGUUCGAGGCGCUGGUGAAGAAGUACGGCCCGGAACCUCCGCAGGAGGAAUCGUGUAUUGCAAAGCAACAAAAUUUGGGGCGGCUUGGCGUUGAGGAAGUGGAGGUUUUGCGUUGCGAAACCCCACCAGUGAAGCAACUUAUUGAAAAUGUCCUGCAUGUGGCCAAUGCAUCGCACGAGGACGUGCUUCUGGCAUUAUCGCGUGAGAAACGUGGGUUGUUUGCUGCAGAGAGUGGAACGCCACCAGAUGUCAUUACCGCUGCGAUUCCUGCGGGGCCGCAGACAGAGGCUUCCUCUCCACGGUUACAAGCCACUGAGUUCAAGGCACGCCUGGUGCGCUUCUUCACGAUGCACGCCCCGGAGAAGCUGGGCGGUGUCGAUGCACUUAUUGAGGCUGCUGGGCCGGAGGGCGCGGAUAAGCUGAUCGACAGCCUUGUCGCCACUUACGGCCCGGAGCCCGCUGGAGGUGGCGAGAUGGGGGACAACCGAGGCGGUGGGGACGAAAACUCGCCGAGAGGUUUUGAGGCUGGUGUGGGUGCCGGUAACGAAAGUCUUGACGAGCGGCGACGGCUCUCUAAUUGGCUUCUUGCCAGCGGGAAAAAUGCGGAGCAAGUGUGUUACGCCCUUAGCUCUGAGGAGCAGCUAUUGUGUUUUGUGCGGGCAACGUUUGGGGACUACGAGAACAGACUGCGCCGCCUCUUUGUGCGCUACGCUCCACCACGCUUGCGUGAGGUGCCGCGGCUUCUUGCAGACUAUCUCGGGCGCGAGGAGGAAAUCAUUGAGCAACUCGCGCGCGAGCUGGGCCCGGAGCCGGCGCGGUCGGCCCCAGCGGUGUUGACGCGCCUCGUCAGCCGCCGUCGCCUCGGCGCUGACCGAAGCCGCAUUGACGAGGAGACGUGGAGUGAUGACGGAGAGAAUAAUGAUGGCAGUAGUGAGAAGGCGAACGUGGCGGAGCGUUUCCCGAAGAGCCUCGUGGACGGGCACGCGCUUAUCGAGGCUUACGAGGCAAAUGAGCCAGGCGAUUUCAGCGGCGACGAGGCCGCGGCGUACCCGCGGGACGAGGAGUAUUGGUACCGCCUCUUUCUACACCCCUGCGAGGCUGCUGUGCACGGUGAUAACGACAGUGAUGGCACAAGCGGGGAUGGCUUUCCGCGUGGGCAGCGUGUCCCCGCAAGCAACGAUGAAUUGAUGACGGCCUCCGCCACAGCACAGACGCUAGAAGCAACAGCAGCCGCGGAAAAGAUGUCGAUCGACUCCCCAACACAACCGCCACCGGCGCAAUUGCGCAGAAGGAGCGGACGCACGCCGCAAGUUCGGGUAACGCUUGGCAACAAAUUUGGCCAGGCGAUCGGCACGCUAUGCAGCGCAUGCGGGGAGAACGUCGCAGAGUCCUUCGAGGCGCUCUGGCAGCCGGUGGGGGCGCAAUACUUGCAACUGUUGUCAGAGACUGUGGUGAAGGACGGAUAUCUGGAGAAGCUCUCCCCCGACAGCCGCCGCAUGGGCGUGAAGUGGCAGAAGCGCUACUUCCGUGUGAACGAUAAGGGGAUGCACUACUAUGAGACAGACGCCCCCAGUGAGAAACCAAAGGGGUACAAGAUUUUUACAGGGAACAGUGCAGUGCUGGAGAGUAUUGCUGCUGCGGCGCAACCAAAGUGCACGGAUGACCGCUAUUACUACUUUGCCGUUACGGUGAAUGAAUCAAACGAUAUCUUCUACCUCCGCACUCGCAGAGAGGAGGAAAAGCGUCAAUGGGUGUCGUUUCUGCGGCUUGCCCUGCUGCGGAUGCGGCUGACAACUGUGGGCCAUGAUCAGAACCCGAGCCGCUGGCGCGCGCGGAUGGCAGGGAUGAAGGAGGCUGACAUUGCCCUAUUGGAACUGGCGCAGGCCUCCGCGACGGUGUUGCAGAAGCUGGAGCGAAAGCACGAGGAGCUGCAGGAGCGUAUCCGGUCGGAGUGGGCGCAGCGCGAGCUGAUGGAGACGCAGGUGCGGGAAAUGCAGAAGCAACAGGAGCUCCUCGCACGGCGGAUUCAUGAGGCAAAGAAGCAAACGCGUCUCGGCGAGGAUGAGGCUGACGCCAAGUGCCUCGAGUUGGCGGAGCGGGCGGCAUCCAUCAAGCAGCGGCGUCUAGAUAUGAAGGGCAACCUUGAAGCAGCGCAGCGCAGCAUAGACGGCAUCACUCACUCCGUCGUCAGGCUGCAGCGCGAAAUCGUUGACAUGGAAAGCGAGUGCGGGGCCCGCGAGGCGAGGCUACGGCAUGUCUACAGCAGAUGGCAAUGCUGUGUGGAACGGCGAGCAUCUAAGAAGGACGUUCCGUACGGCAGCAGUAGCAGUUAG